GAAUUAUAAAUUCAUUAGUCUUCAACUAUAAGUAGCUGUGUGACGAUGUUGGGUGCAUAACAAUUGAAGCCUAAAAGAUCUGUUAGAGAUGAUUAAGAUGAGUCCAAGGAAGCUUACUCGAGUCUUUACGAUUUUGGCUGUGGUUUUGUUUUGUCAGAGUGUUCAUUCCCAGCUUCAAAUAGGAUUUUAUAGAGAUACUUGCAGCUUAGUAGAAUUCAUUGUCAAAGAAGAGGUGACGAAAGCGUUUAUUAAGGAAAGAGGAGUGGCGGCUGGUCUCAUGAGAAUGCAUUUUCAUGAUUGCUUUGUUAGGGGCUGUGACGGAUCAGUGCUACUGGAUUCCACUCCCCCCAGCACAGCAGAGAAAGACUCCUUUGCCAAUAACCCUAGUUUACGAGGAUAUGAAGUCAUAGACAAUGCAAAGGCUAGACUGGAAGCUGUUUGCAAAGGAGUAGUUUCCUGCGCUGAUAUAGUUGCAUUUGCAGCAAGGGACAGCAUAGAGAUAACUGGAGGACUUGGCUAUGAUGUCCCUGCUGGAAGAAGAGAUGGCAGAACUUCCCUUGCCUCAGAGAUAAUAGGAAACCUACCUCCCCCAACAUUCAAUGUCAGCCAACUGACACAGAUGUUUGCAAAAAAAGGCUUUACCCAAGAGGAAAUGGUUACACUCUCUGGAGGACACACCAUUGGGCGAUCUCACUGCACUUCAUUCAGUAACAGAUUAUACAAUUUCAGCGGGACAGAUAUGCAGGACCCGAGUUUAGAUCCUAGGUAUGCGGCUAUGUUGAAGCAGCAAUGCCCACAGGGUAACAAGGAUACUAAUCUGGUGGUGCCGAUGAACCCGUCUAGUCCAAGCAUCACCGAUGCAGGUUACUACGUUGAUAUCCUGGCAAACAGGGGCUUGUUCACGUCAGACCACACUCUGCUUACAAACCCAGCUACAGCAAACCAAGUGACUCAAAAUGCAAGGAAUCCUAUGCAGUGGAGGGCCAAAUUUGCAGCAGCAAUGGUGAAGAUGGGCCAGCUGGAGGUCUUGACAGGAACCGCGGGAGAGAUUCGAGCCAACUGUAGGGUGAUCAACGGCUAGAGAUGGGAAUCGAAAGUGUGAUGGAGUUAAAAACGUAAACUUCAAGCUUAAAGCUGGAUGUGACAUAGUUUUCGUUUGUUAGGUAGUCUAAUUGCACUAGAAAAUCGUUUGUUUGUGAAAACUUUAUUGAUGGAAAAUGACAGCAUUUUUAUUUUUUGAAAA